AUGUCCACAACACAAGUCGCAACAAGCGAAACCAUCCUCCUCGAACCACUCCCUCCCGCUCCCACAGCCUCCAUCCCGCGCCGCUCCUCCAACCCCGAUCCCCCCAUCAUCCCCUGGCCAGAGCCCUCCAUCCACGAUGCCGAGUCAGCCCUACCCCCGUCGACAGCCGUCUCAACCGCCCAGCGAUGGAACGACCCGCCUCGGAACAAGUACCGCGUGCUGUCCUGCUUCUUCGCCUUCUUCGUCUACGGGAUGAACGACGGCGCGCCGGGGGCAAUGGUCCCUCUGUUUGGCGAAUACUACCGCCUCCGGCACUCCAUUGUUUCGCUCAUCUUCUUGAGUCCCAUGGUCGGCUGCGUGCUCGCGUCUUUUGCGUCGAACCGGCUCCAUGCCGUGGCAGGACGGCGGGGCGUGGCGUUGACGGCGACGGGGGCGUAUGUCCUCGCGUACCUGGGCCUGUCGCAGCAUCCGCCCUUUGGAGUUGUUGUCUUCUUGCUCGUGUUGACGGGGUUUGGGAGCGGGCUGAUGAAUGGGAGCUGGAAUAGCUGGGUUGGGGGCUUGGUUUCGGGGAGCACGCUGCUGGGCUUUCUGCAUGGGUUCUGGGGGGCUGGGGCUACGCUGUCUCCCAUCUUGAUUACGAGAAUUGCGACCAAGGUAGAGCAUUGGUGGAUCUUCUAUACCAUGAUGACCGGCCUUGCUUGUGUCGCCUGCGCAGGCGUCACAUCCUCCUUCUGGGACGACGCCGGGGCGGGCUUCCAUCGACAGUCCGUCGCCCCUAGAGGCAACGCAAACGCCCAACCAGGCACCAUCAAAGUCCUAAAGAACAAGAUAACCCUGACGUUUUCCGCCUUCAUGGUCCUCUACGUCGGCUCCGAGGUGACCAUUGGCGGCUGGCUCCUCACCUUCAUGAUGAGCGUCCGCAACGGCUCGCCCACGGCCUCGUCCCUCGCCACCUCGGGCUUCUGGAUCGGCCUCACGGUCGGCCGCUUCGCGCUGGGCUGGGUGACGGGGUACGUGGGCGAGAAGGUCAUGGUGACGGUGUACCUGCUCAGCGCCAUUGGUCUGGAGCUCGGCUUCUGGCUGGGUAAAGAGUUUGCGGUGAGCGCGGUCAUGGCUGCGCUUGUGGGGGUGUCGAUUGGGAUGAUUAUGCCGUCUGGGAUCCGGAUGAUGACCAAGUUGCUGCCGCCGGAGAAGCACCUCAUCUCGGUGGGCUUUGCAACGGCGUUUGCAGUCUCUGGAUCUGCCGUCUUCCCGUUUGUAGUCGGGGCACUCGCCGAGGCGUACGGCGUCGAGGUCCUCCAGCCCGUGGCCCUGGCCCUGUUUGGCACGCAGCUGGCUCUAUGGCUGUUUAUUUCUCGAAACAAGGUCAAGGUGUAA